GCCGCGCCGCCGAGGACCCGGCCUGUUGCGGCCCGCCCGAGCCCUGUCCGCUCGAGCAGGGCGGCGGCGGAAACAUGGAGGGCGAGAGCACGUCGGCGGUGCUCUCUGGCUUUGUGCUGGGCGCCCUCGCCUUCCAGCACCUCAACACCGACUCGGACACGGAAGGUUUUCUCCUUGGGGAAGUGAAAGGUGAAGCGAAGAACAGCAUAACUGAUUCUCAAAUGGAUGAUGUUGAAGUUAUUUAUACAAUUGACAUUCAGAAAUACAUUCCAUGCUAUCAGCUUUUUAGCUUUUAUAAUUCUUCUGGUGAAGUAAAUGAGCAAGCGCUGAAGAAAAUAUUAUCAAGUGUCAAAAAGGAUGUGGUUGGUUGGUAUAAAUUCCGACGUCAUUCAGACCAGAUCAUGACAUUCAGAGAGAGACUGCUUCACAAAAACUUACAGCAGCAUCUUUCAAGCCAGGAACUUGUUUUUCUGUUAUUAACACCGAGUAUAAUAACAGAAAGCUGCUCUACUCAUCGGCUGGAGCAUGCCUUAUAUAAACCUCAGAAAGGACUUUUUCAUAGGAUACCUUUAGUGGUGGCCAAUUUGGGCAUGUCUGAACAACUGGGUUAUAAAACUGUAUCUGAUUCCUGUCUGUCCACUGGUUUUAGUCGAGCAGUAAAAACACACAGCUCUGAAUUUUUUAAAGAAGAUGGAUCUUUAAAGGAGGUACAUAAGAUAAAUGAACUGUAUGCUUCUUUACAAGAGGAAUUAAAGAGUAUAUGCAAUAAAGUAGAACAUAGUGAGAGAGCAGUAGAGAAACUACUAAAGGAUGUAAACAGAUUAAAACGAGAAAUUCAAAAAAGAAAGCAAGCACAGAUUCAAGCAACACGAGAGAAGAAUGUCCAGAAAGACCCUCAGGAGAACAUUUUUCUUUGUCAAGCUUUACAGACCUUUUUUCCCAAUUGUGAAUUUCUUCAUUCGUGUGUUAUCUCCUUGAAAAAUGGACAUAUUUCUAAAAGUAGUUGUAAUACCAACCACCAUCUCAAUGUGGUAGACAACCUGACCCUAAUGGUGGAAUAUACUGACAUUCCUGAAGCUAGUCCAGCUGGUAGUGCGCUGCAAAUGAUUAAGCGUAAGGCUUCAGGUGCAGAUGGUGGAUGGCAAUUCAAGAAGUCACGGCUGUUAGAGAUACAGAACACACCAUAUAAAACAGAUACUGAUAGCAGUAACCAAGAAAAAGCAUCCACAGUGAGCAGCCCAGAAACAGAUGAAGAGAUUGAGAAAAUGAAGGGUUCUGGUGAAUAUCCACAGUCUCCUACCUUUUGAUUCUUUUAGGCCGAAAGGAGAUUUUUCAUCAGAUGAAGGGUAAAGCCAAACAUGCCUAUUGUUUUUACUAUGUUCAGCUCUUUGCAGUAACACAUAGGUAAGUUCUAGUCCAUUUAUUUUAUGAAGUACUUUAAAUUGAGUCAGUUCAGAAUCUGAGUACAGAACAAAGCCUGGUAAUGCAAUAUGUUUGGGAUCAGCAGUUGGUUAGUUAGGUGAAAAGGCCAGUUAAGUGGGACUCAAAUGAUACAUAAAUAAGGUGUCUAUCAGAGAUUUCACUUUAACAUAAAGCAGAAGUGUACAUUCAUUUGUCAAACUGUUGUAGGGCCAGGAACUUUUUUACGAAUGUAUUGGAGUUCCUAUGUAAAUCAAACCCAUUACUUACCCCAUAUAAUUCCCAAUUUUAGUUUCUUUAAAGAAAUUUGCAAAGCAAUCUAAGUAUAAAAUGCUACUAGGUUUUUUCAUUUUCCAUUCCCAAUCUUAUUUGUCCUAACCACACCUAAUUUGACAACUAUUUUUUUAAAAAAGCUAGUUAUCUUUAUCAAGUCUUCUCAGAGCAUUUACUUGGUUUUCACUGCAACUGUAACUUUCUUUUUAAUGCUCGUAUUCAUCACUACAAAAAUAUAACUGAUAAGGUCUGGGAACAAAAUAGCUGACUCUUGGUAAUGUAGAACUCAGCAGGUUAAGAGUCAUGGGCUUCCAUGUGAUUUUUAAGGAGGAUGUAAAGCCCCUGUUUAAUCCAGGGAGUUGGUUAAGUGGAGCUUGGUUAAGAGAGCUUUUACUGUUUGUUAUUUCUGUUUGCCCUUUCCAUAACAGAAUUUCCCAUGAAGCAUACACAUCACAUGAAGCCUUCAUGCUUUACUCACUGGGUGAAAUGCUGAACCCACAUGUUGACCACUGCUCUUCCAUCACUUAUCUCCUAAAUGAUAGAGCAAAUUCAUAGCUAGUGUCAAAAACUAUCAUCUUUUAUCUAUGUGUUAACAUGCAUUAGUUACCAUGGGGUGUUUAUGAAGCCCACAUAAUACCAGGGAUGAUUUGUGCAAAUAAUGAGUUGCUGUUGGGAUUGCUUUACUAGUUACAUAAGAAGCACAGGGCAGGAGAGGAAAUGGGGUUCAGUCUGAACCCUAAUUUUAAAAUAAUUAAGUUUGAUGUCCCAACUUUCAGGGUACUCAAUGAAAAGGAGGAAAAGAAUCCUUGUAGGACAUUUUUUCUCAGUUAUUCUCCAUCUUUUGGCCAUCAGUUUGUAUCACUGGAGUAAGAGAAGAUGAUACAACAGAUUGCCUAUGGAUCGGUUUAUUUACGGACACUACCAGUUCAUGAUAGACUAGCCCAGGAGUAAAUGUUAGGUCCUGUGACAGCACCACUGUUCAUCCCCACGUAACAUCUCUACAGAGGGAAGACCCAUAGUCCUAGCCAGGCAUAAUUACUUACUUGUUAGAAAAUCUUCCUUAGCAAUUUCAAAUCCACACCCUGUCAUGUGGGAUUUGUACAUCAUAUAAGCAUUCCACUUUCCUGCACCCAUAUCCCUACAAUACGAUUUACAACACAGAAUCUGGGCCUAAAGUAAAAUUCCAAUACAAGUCAUCCCUUCCAUGUUUAACAUCUCAUUAUCAGUGGUAUGCUGUAUGAGCUAUUUGGGGGCCAGAUAUAAGUGAAAAUCCCACAGUACCUUUUUUUAAUUCAUAUGUAUGUAAAAUGUAACAAGUAUUAACCUUCUAAAUAAUCUGAUUUACUUAAUGAACAUUCUGAUAUGGAGAGGAAACUUCACUCCUGAAACACUUUUUCCUCAUAUAAUUUCAAAUUAUUAAGAAUUAAAAACAUAAUACUUUAUAGUUUGAUAAGAUUUAGCUUAUCAGUUCUCUACUGAAAGGUUAUUAAAUCUUACAGUUUGAGCCAGUAUUACCACCACACAACUGUAAAAUAAAUUUAUUGAUGAUAA